AUGCUUCUCGUGGCUGAUUUUGCAGGAGAUCGACAGACAACGGGGGCAGCUCUCGGCAUGGCGUGGGCUACGCUAGGAGCGAUUUUAAUUGCCGGGUACAUCGAGUUCUUUGGGGCUGCAUACAAAACGCUACACUGGUUCAUGGGCAUGUUAUCUGUGACCAUGUUCAUCUGUGUGGGAAAGCACGCGUUCGCUUCCGUAUAUCACGGCAUCCGCGCGCUCCCUACAGCGCUUGCGAUCUACUGGGUGGCCUUCUUCUUCGUCCAGUACGGCUACACGGCCUACAAUGGCAACAAGGGUCAGCUCUUCGGCUUACAAGUCUACGGCGGAGUGUCGGAAAAUGCCGAUAGCUGUAACCCAUGCAGCGCUGAGCAGGAGGCUUACAAUCGUGGCGUGAGCGUUGCCGGGGGACGUGCUGACCUUCUCUACAACAUCGUAGAAUACGUGUGGGCUUGGGCCUUACCGUUACUGGUGCACAAGAUCGGCGUCAAGUGGGUUCUCACUGUCUCAACUGUCCCCCAAGUGUUUUACACGGCCAUGGCAUGGACCAGCAAUCCUGACUUUAACGUCUUUGUCAUUGCCUUGACAGGUAUCACGCACGCCGUUUGGUUCACUCUCGUUGCUCCGGUGAUUAUCCACGUGUUUGGUGAGGAAGAAGACAUCGGUGUCUUUGUGGGGGCCCUCAAUUCAGCGAACUGCUUCGGCCAGCUGCUGAACUUCGCCAUUGGCACGGGGUUGGUACAAACAUGA